UGAUAUCGAAUAAGAAGAAGAAGUUAUUACUACGUUUAGUUUCAUAUAUAUUCGAUUUUGAUUGUAUUCUUUGUUCAAGUAACUUUUAUAAAAAUUAUUUAUUUAAUAUUAUCCAAACAAAAUGAAUUUGGAGCAAAAAGUUGUUAAAGAAGAUAUCGAUGUUCAAUAAUAGUGUUUUUGGAAUAUGGAUAUUAAACAAGAGUUAAGUGACGAUUUGGAUGAGACCGCUUUUCCAAAUGUAAAUACUGAAAUUAUUAUUAAAAAAGAAAUACAUGACGAACUAAACAAAGGUGAAAUAUUUGGAUCAUCUAUAGUUGCAUCCAAAACAAAGAGGCACAGCUCUCUUAAACUUAAUAUACCAAACAUUAGAAACAAAUUUAAAUAUCCUGGAAGACGAACUAAAUCAAAAGGAUACCUCAAAAUUAGACAACACUCAAAUCGAGGACUUAUGAUCUGUGAAUUUUGUGGAAACUUAUAUACAAAAUUGGGAGAAUAUGUUUGCCACUUGUCUACAAAUCAUUGUAUAAAUGAAAAGAAAUCCAAAUAUAGGAAAAGUUGUAGAAGAAGGCGAGUAACUGCCUAUGCCAUUUCCAGAAAUCACAAUGAAGAUGUUAAAAAUGAAAUUGAAAUAGAAGAACAUACUGUGAAAGAAGAGGAGGAUGUUAGAUCGAAUAAUAAUUUCGAGUUGAGUUUAGAUGAUGGUCUGAUAAGACAUUCAAAAGAAAAGCCAUUUAAAUGUGACAUUUGUUUUAAAACUUUUUCAUGGAAACAUAGUUUCAAUACUCAUUUACGUAUCCACACAGGCGAAAAACCAUUCAAAUGUGACAUUUGUUUAAAAACUUUUUCUCAGAAAUGUAAUUUGAUUGAACAUUUGCGUAGCCACACAGGAGUAAAGCCAUUCAAAUGUGACGUUUGUUUGAAAACUUUUUCAUGGAAAAAUAAUUUCAAUACACAUUUACGUAUACACACAGGAGAAAAGCCCUUUAAAUGUUCAGUUUGUUCAAAAUCUUUCUCGCAGAAAAAUAAUUUGACUAUACAUUUGCGUAGUCAUAGAGGAGUGAAGCCUUUCAAAUGUGACAUUUGUUUAAAAACUUUUAUACUUAAAAUUCAUUUGACUGGACAUUUACGUUGUCACACAGGAGAAAAACCGUUCAAAUGUGACAUUUGUUUGAAAACUUUUUCUCAGAAGUGCAAUUUGAUUGAACAUUCACGUAGUCACACAGGAGAAAAGCCAUUCAAAUGUGACGUUUGUUUGAAAGCUUUCACACAAAAAAGUCAUUUAAACGAACAUUUGCGUUGUCACACUGGAGAGAAGCCGUUCCAAUGUGAUCUUUGUUUGAAAGCUUUUACACAAAAAAGUCAUUUGAAUGAACAUUUUCGCUGUCAUACAGGAGAAAAGCCAUUCAAGUGUGAUGUUUGUUUUAAAACUUUCUCGCAUAAAAAUUCUUUGAAUAUACAUGUUAAUUAGAAAGUCUUAUGGCAAUGUUGCUAUAGGAUAUGUGCAGGUCACUGCGGAACAUGAGGGUCGUAAGUCACCGUACCAUGUCACCUUAACGUACCACGAGAAAGAUUCUGCGGUACAAAGUGUUAAUUGUGACGAUUGCGCAGCAAGUGCUGGUGGUUGCGAGCAAGCUAUUGCAUCGCUGUCCUGGCUUCACAGACGAAGCGAAGAACCAGAUUCAACGUCGGUGAAGUGCUCCCGGUUGAAAUCGAAAUUAUCCUCAGCAGAUACGUCGGUUAAAUAUUCAAAAACAAAAGAUAUUGCGAAGAAAAUAACUUCCGACGAACCUACCGACGGGAGCUUUUUGAGGGCCGUAGUGGAAGAGUCAAAAAAAAGGUCGUUAAAUACACAACUAGGUAACUACUUUUACGACCCGUCAAAUGCUGUUCAACUUUCUUUGCACAGAUUAUUUCAUGCUUUUAAAAGCACGGGAGCAUGUAUUUCGGAUUUUGAAUUAUUUAUUAAAUACUGUUCGGAUCGUAUGACUUCGAGUGCUUGCUGUGAAGUUUCAAAACUCACCACCGAUCGAGCCGGCUGUCCAUUGUGGUACGAACUACGUUAUGGUCGCAUUACUGCCUCCAUAGCUCACCAAGCUGCUCGUAGUGAAAUUUUAAAUGGGUGUCUUGUUGAAAGAAUUCUUGGCGCAUAUAACCAAGUAGAUUCAGUAGCUAGGCAACGAGGAAGAAAAUUUAAAGCAUUGGUUUUUGCUGAACUUGGACGACAAACCAAAAUUAAAUUCGAAAAGUGUGGAUUACUAUUGGAUAAGGACCUGCCCAUCUUUGCGGCUUCAUCAGAUGGCUUAAGCGAUGAAUACACUCUGGAAAUUAAAUGCCCGGCUAACGAGAAAACAUUCGCAACAUAUUUUACCGAUGGCCGGCCUGGAAAUCAGUAUAGAGCCCAGUUACAGAUGCAGAUGCAUUUUGCUAAGAAGAAUAAAGCAGUUUUUUGUAUUGCUUAUCCAGAUUUUGAAAUAUCUAAGUCUAUACAUGUAAUAUAUGUCGACUAUGACGAAAAGUAUUGUAAAGUUUUGUUUGAAAAAUGUUCUGAAUUUUGGCAAAAGUCAGUAUAUCAAAAAAUGUGUGCCUCAGUUUAAUAUCAGACAUGUUGAUAGAAAAAUUAAUAGAGCGUUUUCAUGAAAA